AUGGACGUGCGACGAGGGCAUGCGACAGGCGGGAGGCAGUCGCCUGACGGGUCGGACCACGACGAGGCGAAGCGAAAGUCGGAUUCCAUUUUCGCUCCGCGAUCGGCGGCGCAGAAGCGGCGACAGUUCGUCGCACAGGUCGCCAUGUUCACCGUCGCAGCAGUCAUUCUCAUCGUCAUGCUCGCUAGACCAUCAUCGCAUCCGACCAAUCAGAGCGAGCCAGACGUCACGAAGAGCGGCACGGUCGGCCCUGCGGUUCAAAUGACGGAACACAUCGCACACACUGAGACCAUAUCAACGCCUCAACAACUGGCUCAGCCUGUUGCCGUGCAAACCACGCACUCAGUCACAGCAGGCGGGGGCGAGGACGCGGCGAGCCUGUUGGAGCUAGCAAGGCAGGAGGACCACGCACUCCCUGCAUCAGCGCAACAGCACCAUUUUCCUGAGAGGGAUCAUCAGCAGCAAUUCCCUGAGAGGGAGCAGCAGCAAUUCCCUGAGAGGGAGCCGCAGCAAUUCCCUGAAAGAGAGCAUCAGCAAUUCCCUGAGAAGAUACCUCAUGGCAGCGGUGUGUUUGGGGAGGAGGGAGUGGUUCUUGAUCGGCCAGGGGCAGAAGAGGAGAAGAGGACUGAGGUGAAGGCGAGUGUGGGGCAAGGGAAGGAGGAUGAGGAUGAGGAUGAGGAUGGGAAGGAUGGUGAUGAGGGUGACGAGGAGAAGGAGGAGAAGGACGCGGGAGGGAAGAGUGAGGGAGGGCAAAAGGGGGAUGAGGAGGAGAGUGAUGAGGGGAGUGGAGAGGGGGAAGCGGGAGGCAAGAAGGAGAAGAAAGCAGGGGAUAAGGGUGAGAGCGAGGAUGAGGAGGACGGGGAGGAUGAUGAAGAGGAUGAUGAGGAGGAAGGGGGUGGGAAGGAAGGGAAGAAGGGACGCAGUGAAGCAGGUACAGGCAGCAGGAAGAAAGCGCAGGAUGAGGAGGGGGAGAAAGAAGACGAGGAGGACGAGGAGGAGAAGGAGGAGGAGAAGGAGGCGAAGGAGGAGGCGAGGGAGGGGGAGGAGGGCUCGCACAGCAGUGGGGAAGGAGCGGGGGAGGAGGACGAAGGGGCUGGGCCUGCAGAUGACAGUGCUGCUGGUGACGCUGGUGGUGAUGGUGGUGGUGGUGGCAGUGAGGGGGAGAACAGCAGCAGCGGGGGUGGGGAGGCCACAGGGGAGAGUGCGGGCUCGUCGGAGCAGCAGUCGGUCGCUGCCAAGGAAGUGAAAGCGGAGGCAGAAGCAGUUGCAGCAGACCCGGUGGGAGAGCCGAUAGACGUGGAGGGGUGUCGGGGGCGCACGGUGUACAUUCACAAGCUGGCUCAGGCGUACAACCGCGGGCUCGUCGAGCAGUGCGCCACGCUGCUACCCUGGUUCUCCAUCUGCCCGCACUUCCAGAACGACGGCUUGGGAAACCGAAUCCGCAACAGCAAGCUGCUUCUACCCUCUGGCCGAUGGUUCGAGACGCACAUGUACGCCCUGGAGAUGGUCUUUCACUACAGGCUGCGCAAGGCGUACAAGUGCAUCACGAGCGAUCCAGACAAAGCAGACCUCUUCUUCAUCCCUUUCUACGCCUCCCUGGACGUGACUCGCUGGCACUUCGCCAAGAACGCAUCGUUGGACGACCGUGACCGCAUGCAUGAUGGGCUCGCCAAGUGGCUCAUGAGAAGGGAGCACUUCAAGAAGCGCAACGGAGCGGACCACUUCAUCGUGCUGGGGCAGGGCUCGUGGGACUUCAGGCGGUCAGAGGGGUCGCAGUGGGGCAACCGCCUGCUGCUGCUGCCCGAGAUGAAGCACGUGACGAAGCUAGUGCUGGCCGCCAACCUGUGGGAGGACACCGAGAUCGGCAUUCCCCCUCUCACCUUCUUCCACCCUCGCUGGGAGAAGGACUACAAGACAUGGCAGCGCAUAGCCGAGUCGCACCGGCGCACGUCGCUGGCCGCGUUUGCAUCGCUGAGGGACGCGUUCAGCAAGCACAACAAGGCACUGGGGCGGCAGUGCAAGAAAGCCAAGGCGUGCCGAUACCUGGAGUGCGUGGAGGACAUCUGCACGCGGCCAGAGGUGCUCAUGGAUCUAUUCACCGAUGCUGCCUUCUGCAUCGUACCAUCGGGCCACACGGGCGCCCGCAGGGCCGCCUUUGACGCCAUCGUGGCUGGCUGCAUCCCCGUCUUCCUCGACUCCUUCGUGCCCUCCCAGUACAAGUGGCACCUACCGGCCAACAGCAGCACCUACUCGGUGACGCUGAGUGAGAAAGCAGUGCUGGCAGGCAAGGUUGACGUCAUCAAGGAGCUCGAGAAGAUUCCAGGAAAGGAGGUGCGGCGAAUGAGGUUGAAGAUCAUUAGGGAGGUGAUGCCGGCAGUGGUGUACAACCACCCGCGCAUGUAUCCCAUGGAACAAAAGCGAGACGCCUUUGAUAUUGCUAUGGAGGAGGUGGUGAGGCGAGUGCAGCGCAACAAGCAGGCAGCUGCUGCGGCCUGA